AUGCGCAGCUCUGCACUGUGGCUGGCGGCGCUGAUGGUGAUAGCCUUGGCAGCGCCAGGCGAGUCUGAAGGAGGGCCUCCCCCUGGUCCUCCUGCAGACCCGCUCCAGGCCUUGGCUGCAAGCCUGUGGGGUUACCUGGCGCGGCCUCCGCCUCCUACAGGCAGUGCCCCUGGCACUGGGGGGUCUGGCCCGGCGACAACGCCUAAGGCGACAACGCCUAUGGCGCCAACAGCCGGGGCGGGCAUGGCAGCCGGACCACCAGGUGGACCAAUGGGCGAGGCGGGUUUGGCAGCCAAAGCCCCGCCACUACUGCCAAGCGGCACGCCCAUGACGCCACCGCCUCCUGGGCACAUGGACCCACCUGGCAGUUCUGGGCCGCCGCCGUGGAGAAAUAUGGCGCCGCCUGUGGCAAAAGCUGUCAUUCCAGACCCUCCUGCUGUCCCUGCCCCUUCCCAUACGGCGGAGACUCCUGAGACUCCCCCUGUGGUCGACUUGACUUCAGCUCCGCCGCCGCCUGCAGAGACUAUGAACCACACGGUGGACCUAAGAAUCUGCAAGCUGUGCCAAAAGCAAACGUACGCUGGCCGAGGCCAAUGCUUCAACAAGAACUGCGACAUCUACUGGAAACCGUCGUCAAAGAAGCGCAAGAAGAGCAACAAGGGCCGGCAGAGAACAAUUUGGUACAACAAGCGGGGCCAGUGGGAUUGGGAAGACGACGAAGAUGAAGAUGACGACGACAACUGGCACUACGUCCCACCCAAAAAACCUCUUUGGGAUGGGUGGCAAGACUGGUCCCGCGGUGGUGGAGGAGGUCACCACGAAAGAGGGCGCUGGACCUGGUCCUGGGUGUCUACGUGA